UAAAAAGAGAAAAAAACUAAAAUAAUUAAGAGAGAGAAAAAUAAAAGAGAGGAAGAGCCUCUCCCUCUCCCUUCACCCAACCCAACCAUCUCUUCCUUGCAAGCAUCCAUCUUGGAGGCCAAACCCUCCUCUCCCCAACAGAACAAAGGAGGCGCGAUUCACGCGAACAAUCACAGGAGGAGGAGAGAAAUCAUCCUCCCCUUGCCUCCCCCAUCUCCCGAAUCCUCCAAAAACCCCAUCUUUAUCCCGAAAAGAUCCUCCUUUUCUUGGUUUCUGACAGGCGUGCACGGCUAUCUUUAGCGCCCCGUGGAAAGGUUCUUGCGGGGAGCCCAGCUCUCGUGGUGUUUAAUUUGAGGAGGAAGCGCAAUUCUUGUGGGGAGUGGAGGGGUGGCUAUGGCGGAUGAGGAGGAGAGGCGGCGGUUCUGGAGUCUGCGCAGCGUCCGGUGGCGGAUCGAUCUCGGCAUCCUGCCGGCGUCGCCUGGGGCGUCGGUGGAGGAGCAUCGCCGCGCCGCCGCCGAUUCGCGGAGGAGAUAUGUUAGUUUGAGGCGCCGUCUUCUGGUAGAUCCUCAUGUUCCGAAGGAGGAGGGCAGAUCAUCCAACCUUGUCGUGGACAACCCGCUCUCUCAGAACCCUGAUAGUAGCUGGGGUCGGUUUUUCAGAGGCGCAGAGUUGGAAAAAACUGUGGAUCAAGAUUUGUCUCGGUUAUACCCUGAAGAUGGAAGUUACUUUCAAACACCUGCUUGUCAGGCCAUGCUGCGUCGAAUACUAUUGAUGUGGUGCCUUCAACACCCAGAGUAUGGAUACUGCCAAGGAAUGCAUGAGCUAUUGGCCCCUCUAGUGUAUGUCCUUCAAGUUGACAUUGAUAAACUAUCUCAAGUACGGAAUUUGCAUGAAGAUUGCUUCAAUGAUGAUUUUGAUGGAGUUCCUUUCCCAGAUACUGAUAUGGUUUUCAGCUAUAAACCUAGAAAGGACCCAAAAUGGAAUUUUGGAGCUGACAAUGAGAAUGAUUCUGAAAAAUCUUCCAAAAUUAACAGUCUUGAUGAGCUUGAUCGGGACACAAAAGAAAUAAUUUUACUUAGUGAUGCAUAUGGUGCGGAAGGUGAAUUAGGUAUUGUUUUGUCUGAAAGGUUCAUGGAACAUGAUGCCUAUUCUAUGUUUGAUGGUUUGAUGGAUGGAGGUGGCGGAGUGGUUCGCAUGGCUGAGUUUUUCUCCCCAUCCACUGUUGGAUCUAGUUCAAGUCUACCACCUGUCAUUGAAGCCUCAUCAGCUUUAUAUCAUUUGCUCUCCAUUGUUGAGCCAACUCUUCAUAAUCAUUUCAUUGAGUUGAAAGUGGAACCACAGUGGUUUGCACUUCGUUGGCUGCGGGUCUUGUUUGGACGAGAAUUCUGCCUCAAUGAUCUUUUGGUAGUUUGGGACAAAGUCUUCUCUUGUACAAAUAAUAUGCUGCUAAGUAGUGACGAGGAAUAUAAUUUUCGUAUCUUGUGUUCAGCUAGGGGAGCAUUUAUUGCCGCCAUGGCAAUGUCUAUGCUUCUUCAUAUUAGAUCAUCUUUGUUGGCUACUGAACUUGACACCGUUUGUCUUCGGAGAUUAUUAAAUUUUCCAACAAAUAUUGAUGUGCAGAAGCUAAUUGAGAAAGCCUGCUCCCUACAGUCUAUUGCCAUCGAUGCAAACACUUCAUCCUCAUCUUUCCUAUUAAAGAGAGAUAGUUGUGAUUUUGAAAGAGUGCACGGCAAUCCUGGUACUUCUACUCCUCCUAGAACUCCAUUGCAUCCUGUAUCUGAGAGUUAUUGGGAAGAGAAGUGGAGAAAUGCGCACAAGGAUGGAACGCCUCCUAAGGAGGUUGAGAAGGGCAAUUCUUUUAGUAAACAAUUAAAAAAAUCUUUAACCCAAAGGCUUGGUUUGUCUAGAACAGAGUCAGAUCCUUCUCCAGUGAAAGUGCUCAGUGUGAGUAAUGAUACUCGGUCAGAUCCUUCUCCAGCGAAGGUGCUCAGUGCGAGUAAGAAUAAUCGGAAUUCAGUAAGACGUUGCCUUCUGAAUACUUUAUCAGAUGAUUUGGAACGUUCCAAUGAAAUUGCCGGAAAAAUUAAGGAAGAUGAAUUCCCUACUGUCUCAGUUCACAGGGAGCAUCCUCUGAGUUCUGCAGAGCCUUCUAAGUUAAAGGCAGUUGGUGAGAAUGUAACUGCGAGCCCAUCACGUGUGCCAAAAGUUAGCCCACUAAAAACUUCUGAGGUUGAGACAGUUCAUGAGAAUACAACGCAGGGGGCAAAACGUGUACCAGAAGCUUGUUCCAGUGGUGAGAACUCUCCAGUGUUCUAUGCAGCCAGUUCUGGUAAUGAUCCUGAGAACAGUCAGGACACAGAUUCUGAGAGUAGCAGUGUUACUUCAAAGUCCUGUGCCGGUGACCAUGACAGGGAUGAAAUUCUGAAAGAUGAACCAUCCAGCUGUAAUGAUGAUAACAAAACCAUCCAUGAUUCAGAAGCUGCAUCUUCUGACAAAAGUCCAGAUCGUGAUGGAACCUCUGAGAAGGCUGUAGUUUCUAAUGAAAGAAAACCACUCAUUGCUAAAUUUCAGUGGCUCUUGAAGUUGGGAAGACCUCAGGUUGAAGGCAACAUGGAGAAGAGUAGUGGGGAGACAUUGGGCGAUAAACAAGACGUGGACACAUCUUGUUCUUCUCCUUUAGAUGGGAAUUCAAAUAACUCUCGUGGUAGCGGAAAGUUGGCUCCAGGCGAUAAAAAGGUCGUGGGCACCCUAAAGAAUAUUGGACAAAACAUGCUUGAAAAUAUCCAGGUGAUUGAGUCAGCGUUUCAGCAAGACCGCGGUCAGCCUGGCCCUGUGGAGAACUUCUCAAACAACAUUCUUGGAGGUAAAGGACAGGUCACAGCGAUGGCUGCUCUUACGGAGCUUCGCAAGAUAAGCAAUUUGCUCAGUGAGAUGUAGCCCGUGUAAGGUGUGUCACCCAUUCUUUUUCAGCUUCAUAGCUCAGCUAAGGCCUGGUAGUAAUAAGUCAGGUACCUAGGUCAUUUUAUUCUGCAGUGCUUGUGCAUUGCUCGCUAUGUAUAUAUAAAUUCGAUUCCAUUCCAUUCCAUUGAGUAAAAUCAUGUAAACAUUGUACAACGUUCACCUGUGGAUUUACCUGGCGCGUGAUGAGGGAGUAGCUCUCUCCGGCAUUAGACAGCUAUCUUAUGAUGGAUGAAAUUUUGUAAGGUCAACUUUUUAAGGAUGAAUAAACAGAACAAGAUCCAAUA